CUGCAUGAGGUCAUGGAAUGUUGAAGAUGAAAUGAAAGGUGGCUCCUAAGUCAUAAAGUUGCAGGCGGGUGGGCAUCCUUUCCACAGGGCUCUCAGGAACAAAGCUGAUGAGCAGGGGGAGUUGCUACCUCUCCCAGACAGAGAUGGGAUCACACCCAUGCAUGUCCACAUCCUCCCAAAGCCUGCUCUCCCUGCUCUCCCCGAUGCUUGCUGGGUUGGAAGGGUAACUGUAGCCCGCCCCCCACAGGGUUUGCCUAUGCAAAGGCAGGAGGCCCAGUUUGACACAGAGGUGAAUGGACAGGUGCACUUCUUAGUGAAGCAACGGAGAGGUGGCCAGAAGCUGGCAGCAGCCCUCAAGAGAGUCUUAGCAGCAUGGACCAUGAUGAGGAGCCUCUCGAGUCCAAUUCAAAAGAUGAGGACGACACGGAGUUAACACCCAAGGGCAGCGAUGACACACUCUACUGUGAGGCCGAAGCCAUCGGGACUGUGGAGAAAGAGAAACCCCCCAAGGAGGAUUCGGAAACAGACUUGGAGAUCGAAGACACCGAGAAGUUCUUUACAAUUGGACCAAAGGAGCUGUACCUGGAGGCCUGCAAACUGGUGGGUGUAGUGCCUGUCUCCUACUUCAUCCGGAACAUGGAGGAGCCCCACAUGAACCUCAACUACCAUGGGCUGGGCCCCAGGGGCACCAAGGCUAUCGCUAUAGCCAUGGUGUCUAACACAACCAUCACCAAACUGGAGCUGGAAGACAACUGCAUCAUGGACACGGGCGUGACCUGCCUGGUGCAGAUGCUGCAGGAGAACUACUACCUCCAGGAGCUGAAUGUUUCGAAAAAUGAAAUUGGUUUGGAGGGGGCCAAAGUCAUCUCCGAGUUCCUCCAGAGGAACACAUCUUCGCUCUGGAACCUUGGGCUGUCAGACAUCAAUGUAGGGAUCCAGGUGCUGAAUCUGAGCUGGAAUCACUUCCACACCCAGGGAGCAGUGGCCUUGUGCAACGGUCUCCGGGGUAAUGUGACCCUGAUGAAACUGGAUGUCUCCAUGAAUGGCUUUGGGAACGAAGGGGCUCUGGCCCUGGGGGAGGUCCUCAGACUCAACAACCACCUGACCCACCUGGAUGUCAGUGGCAAUGACAUCGGCAACGAAGGGGUCUCCAGGCUCAGCAGGGGGCUGGAAUCCAACGAGGGCCUCCAAGUCCUGAAGCUUCUCCUGAACCCUAUGAACAUGGAGGGGGCUGUUUUGCUUGUCCAAGCCAUCAAAAGGAACCCCAAAUCCAAGAUGGAAGAGCUUGACAUUUCUAAUGUGCUGGUGACCGAGCAAUUCGUGAGGAUGUUGGAUGGGGUCUGUGCCGUCCACCCCCAGCUGGACGUGAUCCACAAGUCAGUCCAGGGUUUCUCUGCCAAGAAGAGCACCUUCCUGAUGGCAAACCCCAUGAAACUGAUCCAGAGCUACGCAGACCAGAACAAAAUCCCAGUCGUGGACUUCUUCCAGAGACUGAACCCUGCUGGGACAGUAAAGAUGCCCGUGGGCGAGUUCCGGAAGGUGAUGGUGCAGCAAAACAAGGUCCCCCUAAACCGGUACCAAGUCAGGGAGCUGAUCAGGAGACUGGAAGAGGAAGCAGGCAUGGUGAACUUCAGGUGAGGCCAGGUGGCCCUCCCAGGGCUCUCCUUGGGGCCCUGGCUGGGUGGGCACUCAUCGUCUGCCUAGUUCUAGAGCCCACCCCCUGCAGCAACUGGCUGCCCUUCCCCCGCAUUCCCAGCC